AAAUGUGCAAACGCUAUGACACUAAAGAAGAAGAAGAAGACAAGCUUGAGAGGGACAGACUUUUCUUUUCUUUUUUUACAUGAGAAGCUCACUUUCACGUUGAACUCGUCAUCUUUCUUCUCUUAUCAAAAGGAUAUAAUAUCGAGGGACGGAAGUCCCAAAACACCUGUGCCUUACAGCAUGAACAGUGAUCGGUCCAUGUAUGAACCAAUAACGCUCAACAGUGGAAUGCGUACCUCUGUGAAAUGGAGCCACCAGGUGGAGACAGAGUACUCAGUGUAUACAGUCGGCUCAGCAGACAGUGAGAUUGAUUUAUAUGGAUCUGGUCUUCAUAUAAAUCAGAGCCCUACUGUUGAGGACCCUCUGCCUACUUUAGGACAGAUGCAGGAUAGCAGAAUAGUACAUCCUACCAGACUGGACUGUACCAUAUGUGUACAGCGCAGUGACGAAGCUGUGAAGUUCUGCCAGGAUUGCAAGGCUACUUUCUGUGAGAACCAUGUUAGAGACCACUACCAGGUCCCAGGACUGAUGCAACACACAUUGGUGGAGGCCACUGAAGGAAGGAAAACCAUUCCAAAUGUAGAUGAUCACGUCCAUCAAACAUAUGUUGAAACAGAACAAACUGUGACUCAGGUCUGCUCAUGGAAAACAGCCUUCUUCGUCAGUCUUCUGGGGAUUCUCAUACUGGUACUUGCCCUGGUAGGACUUGUAUGUUAUGCAGACUUCUGUGUCACUGUCCAUGGGUCUGAGCUGGGAUUUCAGCAACGGAUUGUUCUGCUGGGGAAGACUGGAUCAGAGAAGAGAGCAUCAGGAAACACCAUCCUGGGAAGAGAGGCCUUUAAAGUGGAGGCUUCACCUUCGUCUGGGCCACAGUGUGAGGAACAAGAUGCUGUUGUGGGCCGAAAUAACAUAACUAUGAUUAACACCCCAGAUGUGUUGCCAUCUGAGGACGUUGCAGGUAAAGUAGCUCGAUGCAUCAACAUCUCAACACCUCACGUGUUCCUGCUGGUGAUCAGGUUGUGCAAUUGGUGCACAGAAGAGGAGAAGAAAACUGUCAAAUGGAUGAACGAGAACUUUGCAGAGGAGGCCCUUAAAUACACCAUUGUGCUGUUCACUGGUGGAGACCAGCUAGAAGGGAAACCAGUGGAGGAGUAUCUAAUGGACAACAGUGAUUCCCUAAAGCUUCUCAGUAUGUGUGGUGGUAGACAUCACGUCUUCAAUAACAAAGAAAAGAAUGACCUCACUCAGGUCACAGAGCUGCUGGAGAAGAUGGACGGAUUAUUGAAUGAGAAUAGGGGAUACUAUCAUGUGACAAACAUCUUGACCCGGAGGGACGAGGAGAUCAGGAGGAGGGAGGAGGCUCUGAGAAAGAUACUGGAACAGGAGGUUAGAAAGAGGGAUGCAGCCAUAGCAACGAUAAGAGAGGAGGAGGAGAAAAAGAGGGAUGCAGCCAUAGCAACGAUAAGAGAGGAGGAGGAGAAAAAGAGGGAUGCAGCCAUAGCAACGACAAGAGAGGAGGAGGAGAAAAAGAGGGAGACUGAAGAGAGAAAAGUCUGUGAGGGGGAAGAUGAAGGGAGGAUGGUCAUUGAUAAUCUGGCAUUGAAAGUCUCAGGCUCAGAAAUGUAUGUAGGAGUAACUGUGAUCACAAUGAUCAUACUAAUUGUCCUUUAAUGAUACUAAACUGAAUAUUAGGGAGUCUCUUCAUUUGGUAUUCACAAUCAUCAUCUGAACAUUAGGGAGUCUUCAAUCAUCAUCUGAACAUUAGUGAGUCUCUUCAUUCAUCACCUGAACAUUAGUGAGUCUCUUCAUUCAUCAUCUGAACAUUAGUGAGUCUCUUCAUUCAUCAUCUGAACUUUAGUGAGUCUCUUCAAUCAUCAUCUGAACUUUAGUGAGUCUCUUCAAAUCAUCAUCUGAACUUUAGUGAGUCUCUUCAAUCAUCAUCUGAACAUUAGUGAGUCUCUUCAAUCAUCAUCUGAACAUUAGUGAGUCUCUUCAUUCAUCAUCUGAACAUUAGUGAGUCUCUUCAAUCAUCACCUGAAUAUUAGUGAGUCUUCAUUCAUCAUCUGAACUUUAGUGAGUCUCUUCAAUCAUCACCUGAAUAUUAGUGAGUCUUCAUUCAUCAUCUGAACAUUAGUGAGUCUCUUCAUUCAUCACCUGAACAUUAGUGAGUCUCUUCAUUCAUCAUCUGAACAUUAGUGAGUCUCUUCAUUCAUCACCUGAACAUUAGUGAGUCUCUUCAUUCAUCAUCUGAAUGUUAGUGAGUCUCUUCAAUCAUCACCUGAAUAUUAGUGAGUCUUCAUUCAUCAUCUGAACAUUAGUGAGUCUCUUCAAAUCAUCACCUGAACAUUAGUGAGUCUCUUCAUUCAUCAUCUGAACAUUAGUGAGUCUCUUCAAUCAUCACCUGAAUAUUAGUGAGUCUUCAUUCAUCAUCUGAACAUUAGUGAGUCUCUUCAAAUCAUCACCUGAACAUUAGUGAGUCUCUUCAAUCAUCAUCUGAACAUUAGUGAGUCUCUUCAAAUCAUCACCUGAACAUUAGUGAGUCUCUUCAAUCAUCAUCUGAACAUUAGUGAGUCUCUUCAAUCAUCACCUGAAUGUUAGUGAGUCUCUUCAAUCAUCACCUGAACAUUAGUGAGUCUCUUCAAUCAUCACCUGAACAUUAGUGAGUCUCUUCAAUCAUCACCUGAACAUUAGUGAGUCUCUUCAAUCAUCACCUGAAUGUUAGUGAGUCUCUUCAAUCAUCACCUGAACAUUAGUGAGUCUCUUCAAUCAUCAUCUGAACAUUAGUGAGUCUCUUCAUUCAUCAUCUGAACAUUAGUGAGUCUCUUCAAUCAUUGUCUGAACAUUAGUGAGUCUCUUCAAUCAUUGUCUGAACAUUAGUGAGUCUCUUCAAUCAUUGUCUGAACAUUACUGAGUCUCUUCCUUCAUCGUCUGAACAUUAGUGAGUCUCUUCAUUCAUCAUCUGAACAUUCCUGAGUCUCUUCAAUCAUCAUCUGAACAUUACUGAGUCUCUUCAAUCAGAGGGUGACCUCUGUAAAGCAGGGUGACCUCUGUAAAGCUGGGUGACUUCUGUAAAGCAGGGGGACCUCUGUAAAGCAGGGUGACCUCUGUAAAGCAGGGGGACCUCUGUAAAGCAGGGGGACUUCUGUAAAGCAGGGGGACCUCUGUAAAGCAGGGUGACCUCUGAAAACAAAACAAGUUUGCAGAUGAAAAUUAUAAAUAAGUACAUUUAUUAAUUGUUGAUCAAUACUUUCAUUGAUUAAUUGUUAGAAGUGUUUUUUUAUAUUCUUUAAGAACAUAUCUUCCAUUAUAACCUGGUGUUUAGAGAAAUCUAAGAUACCUGCACUUUCUCCAAUGGGUGAACAAAUAAUGCGGUGCCAUGUAUUAUGCAAUAUAAUGUCAAAACGGUCAAGGAAUACAGUUGAAUCAUCAUAUAGCUGUGUUUGGUUUGUUUGUUGCAGUAUUUUCAAAGUUAACUUGGCCUGGAAAUUCACUAUACUGUAGCUGUGUCUCUUGAAGUGCUGGACCCAGUUUAAAUGUCCUUUAAUAAAACCAAUGUCAGAACAUCAAUGUAAAAUAUAAAUGAUGCAUUUUGUACCACAUCAGGGAAGAGCAGUUGGCUAAACUACUACCGGGAACUGCUCAGUGCCAGAGGCCUGCUAGUUACUGGGUCGUUUCACAAUAAAAGUGCCUUUUGCAUCCCUUUGAUAUCUUGUCAGGGGUUACCCUAGGGGUCAUGAUAGGGGCUGUACUAAAUGUUUGAUGUAUUAUAAUAAUUGAUUAUGCUUAUGUUGUAUUAAUAGAAGGGGAGGGGUUAUAAGACCCCUCCCUCCUUACAUUUAUAGGGUCCUAGACUACAGAUUAACAAUAUAUAUACACAUUAUGAGGUUUAAUAUUGUUCCACAGUACUUUUCUAGGCUUUCUGCCUCUUAUGAAGAAACUGUCUGAGAAAUGUGUGAAAUAUGUGACUGUGAGACAGAACUCUGCAGGGGAGUGUAAGAGAUAGGAGACCCGUCAGACAUUCCACUAUAAAUCAACUUGGACAUUUACUGCUAAGCUUUUAGAUAACACUAAAAGUCUUGUUUACAUAGCUGUGUAGGCAUGGUUUUGGUCUCAUGAGUAGAAGUUAAUGACAUAGGCAGUUACAUCACAGGGGGUUGACUACAAGCAUGAUAAAAGCAACUUGGUACCUUUUCUAUUUUGCAGAACUUACUGGGAAACAUGCGUGCUAUGUUCCUGUUGUUAACUUCUGUCUGCAAUUGCAUUUGUCACGACUUCUACCGAAGAUAGCCCCUCUCCCGAUUCUGGCGGCGCUCUGCGCUCGGCGUCGCCGGUUUACUAGCCGCCACCGAUCCCUUUUUCCUUUUCUGUUUUUUUUUGUCUGUGUUCAUUUUCACACCUGGUUUCAAUUGCGUUUAUUUCUGUGUGUAUAUAGGGUACUUGUUUCCUGCCUUAUUUCGUGGGGGAUUAAGGUUGUGGGGGUUUUGCGCUCAGUGAUCGUUGAUAUUUCUUGUUCUCGUAUUUACGCACGUGUAGUUUAUUUUUCGGAACUGAGUUUGUUCCUCCGUGCAUUUGGCACGAGUUGCGGUUUUGUUUUCACUGAUCUGCUCUAUGAACUGUGAGACCUUAUAUAGAGGGAUCUGUGCCAUUUUUGUAUUAGUGGACUAUAUAUAUAUUAAACACGCUUCUCAGUAUCCCUGCUCUCCUGCGCCUGACUCCUACACCUCUCACCGAGACGCACCUUAUCACAGCAUUAAUAAAUGAAUGAAUGAUUUAAUUAAAGAUAUUGUCAGAAUGCUAAUUUCACCAAUGAGCCAAUGAUUGACAAGGAACAAGGAACGAACCCCAACCACCUUAAGUAGAAAUUGUGCACCAAUAUUGGAUUAGAAAAGCCUGUUAUAUUAAAUAAAGUGCCCUUUAAUAUAGAUUAAAUGGAGAAUUCAAUAAAUCGAUUUUUACUGAAGUGCCAAAACUUAACAUUUUGACAUGUUGUCACGUUCCUGACCUAUUUCUGUUAGUUUGUUAUGUGUGUUAGUUGGUCAGGACGUGAGGUUGGGUGGGCAUUCUAUGUUUUCUGUUUCUGUGUUGGUUUUGGGUUGCCUGGUAUGGCUCUUAAUUAGAGGCAGGUGUUUGGCGUUCCUCUAAUUAAGAGUCAUAUUUAGGUAGGCGUUGUCACAGUGUUCGUUGUGGGUGAGUGUCUUCCGUGUCUGUGUCUGUUUCACCACUCGGGACUGUUUACGGUUUGUUCGGUUUGUGUAGCCUAUGUCUCCUAUUCGUGCGUUUUCUUGUUUUAUGUAAGUACGUCGUCUAGGUCUGUCUACACCGUUUGUUAUUUUGUUAGUUUAUUCAAGUUCGUGUUUCGUUAAUAAAAUAUGUCUUUUCACUA